AUGACUACAACUCUUCCCACCUCGAAUUUCCGAGGUGGUCCAUCUCGCUUGACUCGAAUAAACCCUGCAAGAUCUUCCAAGUCCUCCGGCUUUGCUGCUCUGCGCCAGAACUCUCUUACCUCCAACUCUGGCCGCCCUCUGGCCUCCUUUGGUGUCUCGGCCCCGAUCAGGGACGAUUCGAGCCCUGACGAACCUCCCGGCCUUUAUCCUGCCAUUUCGCAUUUUGCAGAUGCCAUUGCUGCACUGCCACGAGAUUUCCGCAGACACGUGUCGCUGUUGAAAGAGGUGGACGCGAAAGGAUGGGGCCCCGAGGAGAAUCUACAAAAGAUACUGGAGCAAUGCCUGAUCGACACGGCGAUGGGCACCAAGAGUUUGGUUCCCGCAACGCAGAGUCUGACAGGUUCCGUCACCGCGGACGAAUCUGUCAAUGUCAGUGAGGUCAAUAGUGUUACUGGCGCUUCUCUCGACAAUGCGUCCCUGACCUCCGGCCGCUCGGCAGACCCAGCAGUGGUAGAACGCAGACAGCGUUUCCACGCUUUGAGACAGAAUUUAAUCGCCGUCAUGAUGACCAUGGACGAAAAGAACCAUGUCAUCAACAACGCCAAUGAGGAGGUGUCAAGACACAUUCGCCGACUGGACAAGAUUUUCCCACACAUCGACGAUGAGAUCUCGGAAGAAGCAAGGCUAGGAAGUCUGAAGCAUUGGGCGUACACCGAGACCAAUCCGGUCAAGAAGUCCACUGCUCCAGCCACGCGCCGAGAUGCUGCCGCCAGCCUCGCAAUCCUACACGAGAGUGAGGUUGCACAUAGGAGUGAAGCCAGGAGAGAAGCUAUUAUGGCCAGGAGACAGCGAGCCACGCAACACGUUGAUUCAGAUUUUGACGAGUCUAGAAAUCCUCCGCGGAGAACGGCCAUUGGAAAGAAACGAGUUGUCGAACCGGCGCCAGAUCCGGCCGGCCUUGGAAUCACUGGUGCAGGCCCAGGUAAAAGAAAGAAGUCUGAUAAGCCGGCGCUGGGAGGAGUGAGCAUGGAACGAUCCGUCAGCGGUGCUUUGGGAGGCCGUCCGAUGUCGAGGGAGAACUCCCAGCAAGACCAUGCCAAGAAGAGGAAAGCUUCGGCGGCGAUGACAACCGUGGCUCGGAAGAGGAUAAAUGCCUCGACUCAAGACUCACCCAAGCUGGUCUCCUCGCCACUUGCCGGAAACGCAGGCAAAGAAGCCUACAUAAAAAGCCCGGCGCUUUCCACCGUACGACCGGCCGCCGGGAGAGGACGGCAGAACUCCACGCAGACAGUUGAUAGCGCUCGAGGACGACCUUCUUCCUUGAUCUCGAACAGGAACGGGAAUAAUAACAACGCUGUGGCAGCCAGCACACCAGAGUUGAACAGUGUGGCCACAGCAAGUGGGAAAAGUACGAGUGAAGCCAAAGCCACAAUGAAGGAAACCAAAACAGACAAAGGGGAUCGGUUGGUCGAAGAUGAGCCUGACGCGGUGAAUGGAUCCAACAGCGAGCAUCAACUGCGUGGAGCCCUCUUGCUGGAAAGAUCCUCCAGUAGACAAGAGACCGCCCGGGGCGAACCUGCGGAAGAAGUCGCGUCGAAAGGAGUUGCCUCGCCCCGUCUCCCGCUAUCACUGCAAACAAGUGAACUGCGAAGUGAGCGAUCAGGACGAGGGAGAGCUUCAAAGACGUCGACACCCGUGACGGGAACUUUUGCUGAAGCCGAAGCUGCGGAGACCGGAUCGACAAAUGGCAAUGGCAAUGGUUCGAAGACCAAACGCGUUGCAAGACCGAGAGUGAAAGACCACGGGCUUCAUGAUUCGCUCUCACCCAAGGGACUUCCGAUGAAGCGAUCCCACAAGAAGGGCGGCAGCAUAUCGACCUUACAACUGCCCACGACGCAGCGGCUGAAAGAAGAGAGUGACACCACCAAGUCCAACACCCCGUCAGAGCGAGAUGUAGGCAACAAUGACGCGGAAGACGAAGACGAUGAAGAAAAUGACGCCGCCGAGGAAGACGAGGAAAGAUACUGCUACUGCCAGGGCGUCAGUUACGGGGAGAUGGUAGCUUGUGACAAACCCGAUUGUCCGAGGCAAUGGUUCCACCUCGAAUGCAUCGGGCUGAAAAGUGUUCCCAAGAGUGCCAAAUGGUAUUGUGACGAGUGUAAAGAAGCGUUGGCGAAGAAAGGCAAAGUCGCUGGCAACGGGGGCAAUGGAAAUGGGAAGUGA